AAGUUCGGCCGGAGCGCAAAGAUGGAUCAGCAAAAGUGACAGUUACACGCGGAAAGAGACUAGCGUACAUUAUUCUCAACAUUUGCUUCAGAUUUAUCUGUGUUGCUCAGUGCUGCUGGAGGAAGAAGUGUUUUUACUGUCGUCCUCAAGUUAUUAUUGUUUCAGGUGAAUAAAAAGAUGUUGCACUGCAAGACACUCUGGCGCGCACAUGUUUUCCCUUUACUAUUGGUAUCCUUGAUCUCUUCAGUUAUUGCUGACUACUCCUCAGAAUGUGGGGAAAAUGAAUAUUUUAAUCACACAACUGGAGCUUGCCAUGCCUGUCCUCAAUGUCACUCAGGUGAAGAACCUGUUUCAAACUGUGGAUAUGGAGUUAAGGAUGAUUCCUAUGGCUGCCAGCCUUGCCAGAAUGGCAAAUUCUCAAGGGGGGUAUAUCAAAUCUGCAGAAGACACAAAGAUUGCGAGGGUUUCUUUCGAGCUACUGUCUUGACACCAGGCACCACAGAAACCGAUGCAGAAUGUGGACCUUGUAUCCCAGGUUACUACAUCCUAGACAAUAGAUCCAGAAACACCUAUACAAAGGUUUGCCAUUCCUGUUUACUGGCACCUCCUAACACAAAAGAAUGCUUGGGCAUUACUUUGUCUUCAAGCUUAUCAAGCAGUAGCUUAGCUGUCACUGGAAACUCUCCAGUUCUACAAGAAACUCACAAAGUAGAUCAUGCUGGACAAGGUCACCUGGGCACUGCUUUGAUAAUUGCCAUGUCCACCAUUUUCAUAAUGGCCGUAGCCAUUGUUUUAAUUGUUCUUUUCUACAUUUUAAAGACAAAGUCUUCUACUCAGGCUUGCUGCAGUGGCAAUUCCGUAAAAAAUGUUGAAGCUCAGAUCAAUACCCAAGAAGACAAGAAGGAAGUACAAGAAAAUGUUGUAAUAUUCGCUGAGAAAGAUGAAUUUGAUAACAAACUCAAGGCAGUUCCACCUAAGACUGAAAAGAAUGAAAAUGAUGCUUCCUCAGAAAAUGAGCAGCUUUUGAGCCGGAGUAUGGACAGUGAUGAGGAAGCCGCUUUAGACAAGCGGGGAAUGUCUGAUUUAUGCCUCUUGUCGUUGGUUCCUUUAACGAGAGAUAAAUCAGCAAACAACAAAGCAAUUGGGGUACAGACACGAAGGGAGAAGAUACUUGAGCUAUGCAAGAAAGUGUGCAGUUUCACAGAAGGGCUCAGCCCUACAGAACUGCCUUUUGACUGUCUUGAGAAAACCAGCAGAAUGUUGAGCUCUACCUACAGCACGGAUAAAGCUAUUGUGAAAACAUGGCGUCAUCUGGCAGAGAGCUUUGGGCUGAAGAGGGAUGAAAUAGGUGGAAUGACAGAUGGAAUGCAACUCUUCGAUCGUAUAAGCACAGCAGGUUACAGCAUCCCUGAACUGCUGACCAGACUUGUGCAUAUUGAAAGGAUGGAUGCUGUAGAAGCCUUGUGUAUGGAUGUUUUAGAGUGCACGCAAUGUGCACCAAUAGCUAAUCCUGCUAUCUUACCCAAAUGUGCAAAUGUGUAGUCAGCAUCUUGUCAUAAAUACCAUGAAGUAUUGUUUGUGGGUCCAGAAUAUGUAAUCUGUUAGUGCUUACUCAGCGUUCCAGGUCCAAUGAGGCAAAACACAAUAGUGAAACUCUAAAAAGAGGCUCUGUACUCAAGCUUCUUAAUUUUAAUUCAGGAUUUUGACUGUCAUGCUUCGUGUUAUUCUGUUCUCAGCACACAUUUUAUUCUAUUCUCAGGAGACAUCAUACUAAGGGACAGAUUUAAAAGACCAGCAGUAAUUUGAACAAGUUAGCUUUAGAAUACCAAAAUUGCAGACUUACGCCUAUUCAUUUUGUACUGCAAUAAACAUGAAACACAUGAAAAAUAAACAGAAGCAUGCUGACAUACAAAAACCACUGACACAUCAAACAUCCUGAACCUUGUCCUAGAUUGUUCUCAGAUAAAGGGUCAUCUAAUAAGUGGGGGGCUUUCAAAAAUGUGAUUACGAGAGUUCAGAGUCAUUAUGUUGCUGUUAGAGUAAAAGGUAAGGCUUGUAGGAUUAGAGAACAAUGGGUGAAUAAAGAUAUUGAGGUUCUAGCUAAGAAUAAAAGAGAAUCAUAUAUUAGAUAUAAACAACUGGGUUCAAAUGAGUCUCUUGAAGAGUGCAAAGAAUGUAGGGGCAUUCAUAAGAGGGAAAUCAGGAAGGCAAAGAGAGGAUAUGAGAUAGCCUUGACAAAAAGAUGAAGGUUAAUCCAAAACGAUUCUACAAAUACAUUAAGAGAGAUUAGGAUCCCUUAAAGAUCAAAGAAGUCAUCUUUGUGUUGAACCUCAGGAGAUGGGAAAGAUAUUAAAUGAAUAUUCUGCAUCAGCUUUUAAUGGGGAGAAAGGAAUGGGGGUUAGAGAACUUAGGGAAAUAAAUACUGAUGCUUUGAAAACAGUUCACAUUACAGAAGAGGAAGUGCUGGAGGUCUUAGAAAACAUAAAGGUGGAUAAAUCUCUGGGACCUGAUCUAGUGUAUCCCAGAACUUUGUGGGAAUUUAGGGUAGAAAUUGAAGGGUUCCUUGCAGAAAUAUUUGUAUCAUCUGUAAACACGGGUGAGGUGCCGAAUGACUGGAGAGUGGCCACUAUUGUGCCUUUGUUGAAGGGAUAUAAGGAGGAACCUGGGAACUAUAGACCUGUGAGUCUGACUUCAGUGGUGGGUAAGUUGUUGGAAGUGAUUCUGAAAGAUAGGAUUUAUAUGCAUUUUGAGAGGCAAGGAAUGGUUAGGAAUAGUCAUCAUGGUUUUGUGCGAGGGAAAUCAAGUGAUUGAGUUUUUUGAGGAAGUAACCAAGAAGAUUGAGGAGGGCAGAGUGGUAGACUUUGUUUACUUGCACUUUAGUAAGGUUCUGCAUGGUAAUUCACAAAGUUAGCUCACAUAGGAUUCAGGGUGAGCUUGCCAAUUGGUUAUAAAAUUGGCUUAAUGGCAGGAGAUAGAGAGUGAUGGUAGAGGAUUUUUUCACCUGGUUACAGUGUUCCACAGGGAUCGGUGCUGGGUCCACUUUUGUUUGUCAUUUAUAUAAAAGAUUUAGAUAAGAGUAUAGAAUAUAUGGUUAGUA